UGCUUUUUCUCAAACCUCUUUCAUGCCGAGGACCAGGCACCUGCCCUCAUCUGGACUUCACUUCUGCAAAACUUCGUGUCCCGUUAUUUCACCUGGAGGGCAGUGCAAAUGGAGCUGUGUUUGAUUGGUUACCGUUUUUAAAGAGGACAAAAAAAUCUAAAGUUGCUUAUGUUUGGAGGAAUUAUUUCGUACACAUUUGACUGACGAUGACUGAGAUGAAAAUCUGGUGCGUUUUGCUCAUGGCAUUCGCUCUCACUUCAGCCGCUCCGAGAUCCCACCAGCGGCUAGAGGAGAAGACAAAGGACAACAACGACACUCUGCAGGUUGAAAGAGAUAAUCAAGAACAUAUAUUAAGUCAGCUGCUGGGUGAUUAUGACAAAGUGAAAGCGCUUUCGGAAGGCUCUGACUGUGGCUGUAAAUGUGUUGUCAGACCUCUGAGCGCCAGCGCAUGCCAGCGGAUCCGGGAGGGUCAUGCGACACCUCAGGACUUCUACACGGUGGAGACCAUCACAUCAGGACCCCACUGUAAAUGCGCAUGCAUUGCACCUCCAUCUGCUUUAAACCCCUGUGAGGGUGACUUCCGGUUAAAGAAGUUGCGUCAAGCUGGAAAAGAUAAUAUCAAGUUGUCAACUAUACUGGAACUGCUGGAGGGUUCUUUCUUUGGCAUGGACCUAUUGAAAUUGCACUCAGUCACUACCAAGCUUCUCGAUCGCAUGGACACAGUAGAAAAAAUGGUCUUAAACAACCAGACUGAGGAGAAGCUGAACACAAAAAGCACCUCUCCGAAUUCACCGCUGCCCACGUCCUCACCUAUAACUCCGCCCUCAGUAUUUGAGGAGAAGAGGACGAGUCUGAGGGAGCAGAAUGACGAAGCAGCUGCUUUUCAGCACAUGGAGAGUAAAUAUGAGGAAAAGUUUGUUGGGGAUAUCCUGAACAGUGGAUCAGACCCGAACAAAGCUGCCACACCAUUGCAAGAACAAGAGCAACAAGGCAGGAAGAAACAACCCAAAAUAAUUGUGAGGGGCAUCACAUACUAUAGGUCUGACCCAGUGGAUGAGAUGGACUCAGAGAAGAACUUAGAUGAUAACCUGAGUGGUGACAGUCCGAUUGAUCUCUUUGCCGAUGAACAGCUCCUUCGACACAAAGCUCGCCAUUUUAGGCCAGUCAUCAAAGCCUGGUCAGUCCGGCCAAAACCCAAGAGUGAAAUUUUAAAAGGCGGAGAUACACCAAAAAAACAUCUAAAUCCAUUUAUGGGACUGCUGGACUCGACGGCUCUGCCGAUUAAAAUGCCUACUGAACCAAUAUCCAUUCAGACUCAAACCAGUCGUUCCACCACAGACAGCUUCACAGGAGAUGAGAGAACCACAACAACACCUGCGGCCAUGGAUAAUUUAAAGGUCACCAAAUCGUCAAUUAAAAGAAUGGAGGCAAACAAAGUGAAGCCACCAACUCCAUCUGUACGACAAGCUCAAAACAUGUUGGUCAGGUCAUCCAAUCUGGGCCACAUAAAAACAAAUGAGUCAGUCGCUGCAGCUGUUAAAGUGGAGGCUACAGAGCCAACCAUGACAAACCAGACCAAUGGGACUGCAGAAAAGGAAACAUCUGCAUCUUCUGUAACCCAAACUGAAGCGCUUAUCAAAGAACAUCUGAAAGCCUCAACUCAAAGCACACUUAACACAUUAACACCAUCGCCGACUUCUCAUUCAAAUACUUUAACAGUCACAGAAAGCUCAGUGGGAAUAAAUGCUCACAGAGGAGAAGUUACCACCAUUGUGAUGACAGCAAGCGUCACUGAAAGCAAGACGGAUUCAGAUACCAACUUAACCAAACUGAGUCCCUGGGAGACAUUUACGACUGCAAGAGCUACCACAAAAACAGCAACCACAGGCCAGCCUGUCAAACGCAAGUACAGUAUAAGCUGGGAUGAAGAAGAAGAGGUGGUGGCACCUGAGCAGGUAGAAGAAGAGAAACCUGUAAAACCUGUGGUGGAAGACAGAGUAGGAGAGGAACCUCAGAAGAAGCCAGGAAUGUGCAAGGACACCUUGGCUACAAUCUCCGAGCCCAUCACACACAAUACUUACGGCCGUAGUGAAGGUGCUUGGAUGAAGGACCCACUGGAUCAAGACGACAAGAUCUACGUUACAAACUAUUAUUAUGGCAACAACCUGCUGGAGUUCCGCAACAUGGACGUCUUCAAACAAGGCCGCUUCACCAAUUCCUACAAGCUGCCUUAUAACUGGAUUGGCACUGGCCACGUGGUCUACAAAGGUGCUUUUUAUUAUAACCGUGCUUUCUCUCGGGACAUUAUCAAGUUUGACCUGCGGUUACGUUAUGUGGCGGCCUGGACGAUGCUACAUGAUGCGGUGUUCGAAAACGACGAUGUAUCAGCAUGGAGAUGGAGAGGAAACUCGGACAUGGACCUGGCCAUCGAUGAAAGCGGCCUUUGGGUUAUUUACCCAGCGCUGGACGAUGAAGGCUUCUUGCAGGAAGUGAUCGUCUUGAGCCGCCUGAAUCCCAUUGAUUUGAGCAUGAAGCGCGAAACCACGUGGAGGACCGGACUGCGACGUAAUCGAUAUGGGAACUGUUUUAUCGUAUGCGGUGUUCUCUAUGCAACGGACAGCUACAAUCAGCAGGACACUAAUUUGUCGUACGCUUUCGACACCCACACCAACACUCAGGUGGUCCCUCAUCUGCCUUUUAGCAACAACUAUACCUAUGUCACUCAGAUCGAUUACAAUCCCAAAGAGCGGGUGUUGUACGCUUGGGAUAAUGGACAUCAGGUCACUUAUAAUGUUCAGUUUGCAUAUGUAGACCCACUGUAGACUCUGACCGCAGAGCAAACAUGUCCUUCGCACAAAAUAGAAGAAACCAUAAAUUAGAGCUGCUCAAUUAAGCAUUAAAAUAUUCUGAUCUUGAUGCAAACAUCACACUGUUCGCAUAAUAGGACAAGAUUACAGUUCGGAUUUAAGGAAAGAUUUAUAUGGUCACGAUAAAUAAAGUAAAUCAAAUGACGACUGUAUGGAUUACAACUUUACACCAGGAGGUGGCGCCAAUUUGUUUUGACGAUUUGUUCAUUUAUGAGUAAACCAUUAAGUCACUGAUUCUAGAAAUUAAUUGAAAAAUGCUAGUUUGAUUCAAUAAUAAAUUAGGAGUCUUUGUGUCGUUGAAUCAUUCAUUCAAGAUAUUAAUUGAAAAUCAUUCGAAAGAUUCAUUCAAAAGCCUCAUUUAUCCAGUAAUGAAGGAAGCUUUUAUGAGUGAACCAUUGAAAUUUUUAUUCAAGCGAUUUGAUCAAAAAAGCUGAUUCAUCCAGUGACGAAUUGUGAAUUGAUGAGCAUUUUUGAUUCAUUAUAUUGAGAUUUGCUUAAAAAUAUUGGCUGCGUCCGAAAUUGCCUAAUACUGAUUAGGUAUUACAUUUAAAUGUUCUACUCGACUGUUAGAAAGGUACGUUCUAUCAAAGUCCCUUUAAGGCAAGUCAUUUCACUUGCCGGCCAUCUUUGAAAUGCCUCUCGGACAGUAUGCUCGGCCAUUCUGUCUGAAUACGGAAACAUCAAAUUCUGCAAAACUGUUUGCCAAGCUUACGAUUACAUUACAUAUUUGGAAUCAUCAAUAAAAUUAAACAACAACAGUCUCAUAAGUUUAGUUUCUAAAUGUUCAAAUCAAACAAAAUCAGCAUAUUUUUAGGCUGCCCAAGCUAAUGCGUAUGUGCAGUCAAAAGGAAGGAGAUCACAACACUCUUCUAAAGUAAUCCACAGUUUGGUCUUGAUGGUGAUUCUUCUCCAGAAACGAUGGUGACUCUUUGUUUACAAGUUUGUGAGCAUUUGAGCAAUUGCUGUUGUGUGACGUGUGUUUAACAGGAUAGACUGUACCCCGCGUUCGUUUCAUACAGAUUACAAAACCAAAAAACUUUUGUUAUUAAGUGCACUUAGUUCGUUUAAAAGUACUGAUUUUAAGCUUUAUCUGGAGGUAUUUCUUAUGCCUGUGAAGCAAGUAUUCACUGAGAUUCCAGUGCGUUUGUUGACCACCAAACUGUCGUAAAACACAUCUGGUCCGAGUUUCUCCACGGAGAAACAUCAGUCUAUUUCGAUCAAUGAUUGACUUCUGUACUAGUAGGCAGGGCUUCAUUUGCCAUAUUGACAGUUACACUUUUCCCCAUUCAAAACUAUACGAGUGACACGUCUUGUGUAUUCUAUAGUUUUUGGUUCUAUAAAGCAGUGGUUCCCAACCUUUUUUUGCCUAAGACCCCCUUUUCCCCUGGAAAAUAUUACAAGGCCUCCCUCCGCAUUUAAUGAUAUCACUCAUACAAGUUUGGAUGACAAAAAAUAUUGUUUUCAAACAAAUGGUAUAUUUAUUACUUUAUCUAGAUAUGUUUAUGCAUAAAAAAUAGCCUAAUGUAAAAUAUAAAAGCAAAACAUCAGUGCGCCAUUUGUAAUUAAAAAACGUAAGCCUUUGCACUUUGCCGUCAAAAAACACUUUGGGCUUGUCGCGGUAUUGGGGAUGAGUCGUCUGCAAAUGUCUUAUUAAUUUGGACUGCCUCAUGCAUUCGUUUGCAAGAAUUUAGGUACAGAUAAUGCACUGUAGCUGAGUCAAGGACUUUUUGCUUCGAGAAAAUGGAAUAAAACCAUAGUUUAGGUAACUAUCUUGGUAUUUCCUGCAUUUCGUGUUUUCAGUAUUGCUAGCGCUGCGACCCGAAAUGUUUGGAGCUUCCUCACCUGGGUCCAGUAUGCUUGGGUCUUUAGUAUUAGCUGUUGAAGGUGAAUCUGUGAGACUUUUUUUGUGGAGGACGAACUACAAAUUUGUCCAUUUUUUAUGGCCAUCCAGGGGAUGAAAUGAACUAAGGCAACAUGAUUGUUCUCAACUUGAUUGAACUCAAUGUACUUCAGCCACCAUUUUGUCAUCAUCACAUGACCUAUCCGCAUUAGUUGCGUCGCUUCACUCCCAUUCGUAAAUUCUGUGGUGGUGCAUCAUGGGAUAGUGUAGCGUGCAAUGGAUGUGCACUUCAGAAUCUCGCCGGAAGUAGUAGGCCAUUCGGGUAAUUCUCAUGUAUACUUUUUUUCAAAUUCUAUGAAUUCGGACAUACUAUGCUCACAUAUUGUUUUUAGCAUACUAUAUAGUAUGGAAGUAUGCAAUUUUGGAUGCAGCCAUUAAUUUAUUUAGUAAUGAAACAAAUCCAAGUCCUUAUAAUGGAGUCAUUGAAUCAUUCAUUCAAAAUAUUCAUUAAAAAUCCUAAUUUGUUCAAUAAUAAAAUGAGUGACUCAUUGAAUCGUUCAGUCAAGAGAUUUGUUCAAAACAAUUAAUUCGCUAAAGAAACUAAUGUAACUCUUACAAGUGAGUCAUUGAAUCAUUCAUUCAAGAGAUACUGAUUUGCUUAAUAAUGAAAUUGGUGUAGUGGCUGAAUCGUUCAUUCAACAGAUUUGUUCAAAGGCACCAAUUCCGCAAAUCAGGAAACAUUGAAUCAUUCAUUUAACCAAUAUUUUAAAAACAGCAUUUAAAUUAAAUUUAAUAUUUUUUUAAAUAAAAAAAGACCCAUUUAUAACCCACAGUGUCUAUUCAGGAUUGUGGAAAAGUCUCAUACUUAAUUUAUCUACAAUCAUAUAGCUCUAACAUUAAUGUGGAUUGUGGAUCAGUUCACUCAGCUUUCUUAACAUAUGUAGUUUUAUAAAGUAGUUAUCAAUAUGAUGUUGUUUUCAAAGUGUAAAAAUGGACACACAUACUUACAUUUAUGCUGAAAACAAAGAAAAGGAUCAAAGUUUUUUAGUAACUUUUUUUAAACACCCAUACGCUGCAGCUUUGCAGUUUGCAUUGACCUUUUUUUAUUAGGAUUUUGACGCUUGCUUUUGCACAAUGAAAAUGGACCUCUUCAUGUUUAUAGCUGUACCUCUUGUCCGGCUCGCAGAAUUAGGACAUUUUGAAGUGCUGUAUUCUUAAAUCUAACAGAAUACAUUGUAUAUACUGUAACAUAAAAGCUAAAACAUGGGAUUGAUGAAUGUAAAAAUGAACACAGUUUGUAUUUUCAUAAACAUAUCUCUCUUUUUUUUACCAUCAGCUGCAUAUAGAAGUCUUCAACUAACAUUUAGGUAAAAACAUAGUCAGGUUAGUUGUGUUUGAUUUCAUAGGUACAUUUGAUGCAUAUUAUCAAAAAUGUUGGUAUUGUUUGUACAUUUUUUUUUGCAUAUUUUAUUUCAAUUUCAAACUCUUCUAGCACUCUGUCAGACUCAGAAAACAGCUACAAUAAAAUGAGUGGAAACAUGA